AGCUGUCCGCCAAGUUCCGAACCAGAGCAGCUUAGCGGCAUCACUAACAGCAACAAUGGCCGCUUUCCGCAGAGUUGCAGCGGUGGCAUUGAAGCUCAACCUGUGCUCGGUGUCAAGAAACGAGCUGGCCGGGCGUCAGACUGCCGCAAGGGCGCGGAAGUGUCGCACCUUCGGCCUUUGUCUGGCGACGGGAGGUGCCGUGGCGCUUUAUUUCUACGAGGACAGGGGCUGGAGGAGGACGAUGGGGACUCGCAGCAUCCACCGUUUGCUGCCAUCCAUCCCAGCCGUUGAAGCCAAAGAGAAGGCACAUCCGAUGGACUUUGAGGAAGGAGACGUGCACAUGUCGUCCCACGAGCAUCGUUUCCGUAUGUUCAGCUCUGUGGAGUAUGAAGGGCAGCUCUACAUGACUCCUCAGAACUUCAUUGAGUCGGUCACCAUGAGUGAACCAAGGAACAAGAGGCCUUGGAGGUCCCUGACCAAACAGGAGCUGGAGAAAAUCUUAUCAGAUACUCCCCCUGUAUGGAGAGGAUCCUCCAAACUAUUCCGUAACCUGAGAGAACGAGGUAUCAUCUCAUAUACGGAAUACCUGUUCCUGCUCUGCAUCCUGACAAAGCCCCAUGCUGGCUUUAAGAUUGCUUUCAAUAUGUUUGAUGCAGAUGGCAACCAGAUGGUGGACAAGAGGGAGUUCUUGGUGCUUCAGGAGAUUUUCCGGAAGAAAAAUGAGAAGAAAGGGAGGAAAGGGGAUGCUGAGAAAUCAGCACAGUUGAGUAUGCAGCUGUAUGGAUAUCAGGUUGCCCCCAUGAACAGCGUGCUAAAAAAAGACAAUCAAGAGUUUGUGGCACGGAGUUACUGGGACGUUCUCAGGCGAGGCGCCAGCCAAAUCCUCUUUUCUGACCUGGCGGAGCGUGCAGAUGAGAGUUUAACUAUUGACACCACCCUGCUGGUCCAUUUCUUCGGGAAGAAAGGGAAGGCUGAGCUCACUUUUGAUGACUUUUAUAGGUUCAUGGACAACCUCCAGACUGAGGUACUGGAGAUUGAAUUUCUGACCUACUCUAAAGGGAUGGCCACCAUCAGUGAAGAGGACUUUGCCAAGAUCCUCUUGCGCUUCACCAAUGUAGAGAAUAUUGGUGCCUACCUGGAAAAUGUCAGACACAGCAUACCUGAUGAAAAGGGAAUCACCUUCGAUGAGUUCCGCUCCUUCUUCCAGUUUCUCAACAACCUUGAGGACUUUGCCAUUGCCAUGCAGAUGUACAAUUUCGCAUCUCGCUCCAUCGGACAAGAUGAGUUUGCAAGGGCAGUUUAUGUGGCCACGGGUCUGAAGCUGACACGUCACUUGGUCAACACUAUCUUCAAGAUCUUUGACGUGGAUCAUGAUGACCAGCUCUCUUACAAGGAGUUCAUUGGCAUCAUGAAGGACAGGCUGCACCGAGGUGCCAGGGGAUAUAAAACAAUGGAGCGAGCCAUUUCCUUUAGAUCCUGUCUGAAAAGAGAGCUGGCGGGCAGAUAAGUAUAACCUACAACUGUAUAAACUCCCAUGUUUAUCGAUUUAAAAAAAAAUCAGGUGUUGUAAUACACGCCUUUCUGUGUUAGCAUUUUAACUAGUUAAUUUUUAGAAUGUGAUUGUGUCUCAUUGACUCGAUGAAAUAAACUAAUAGAAAAAGCAUGAAUAAAUCUUCACUUUUAUCAUGAUAUUGGAUUGGAGCACUGUCUGAACAUGCCACCCUUUGCUAUUUGUUUACUAGGUAAAGGCUCCAUGCCGCACCUCCUUUCCCCCACCAUGUUGUCUCUGAGGCCAAGAGACAAGUGCAUUGCUCCUAGAUGGAAACAGAUGUAUCAGACUUGAUGAGAGUCGGAACAAAGGUGGACAACUGGACACAGACCGUUUUUAAUUCAACUCCAAGGAUGAAAUAUACUGAAAGUUCGGGAGAGGUUCUACUAAUUUACACGAAAACGUCAUCACCUGCAGUGCAACCUAUACACACUGAAACAGCACAUUGGCCAUAUGGUCAAUAUAUAUGAGAUAUUUAUGUUGUUAUGUAUAUACUUACUAGAAUAUUUGCAUGAUUGUUAUGCACUCCGUUUUUUUUUUCCUAUUUGUGUUAUUACUAGUUUGUUUGCUUUGAAUCCUUUUUCUGCCCUGAGUAUGCAA